AUGUUGGAAAAGCAACUUUCUGUCCUUCUGGCAACAUAUCUCAAUCGCUUUAUCUGUGAUCUCAAUGAGGAGCAACUGCGUGUCUCCCUUUGGUCCGGUGACUUGGUACUGCGUGAUCUGGAGCUGCGAACGAACAUCAUUGACCAGAUCAUUCUUUUCCUCUUUCAGGGUCGGCAGGAGGGCGGAGGCCACGAGGAAGCGGCGGGCGGUGAUGCCGCAAAGGCGGUGGCGCAGGCACUCAUGACGCCCUUCACAGUUGUCAAGGGAGUAGUGAAGAAGUUGACGAUCACUGUUCCGUGGUCUGCCAUUGAUCGCGAGCCAAUCAGUGUGGAGGUUCAUGGGGUGGAGAUUCUCUUUGGCCUUUUGCGUGGAAGGCCACACAACGCCGAUGAGGAUGCCGCCCGCGUUAUGGUGGUGAAGCAAAAACAGUUGCAAAUGUUUGAAUUGGGAAGAUUAGACGGUCGAACGGAAGGCCAUGCAGUUGCGACGGGCGCCGCUCUUAAAUCCGACACCGGAGGUGGGGCAAAAAAAAAUCUCUCUUACGUUGAGAAACUCAUCGAGACAAUCAAACGAAAUAUCCAUGUUGUGAUGCGCGAUGUAUCUUUGAACUACGUUGUGAACUAUCACGGUCUCGCUCCGUGUUUUAAAUGUGCGCUUCGCGUGUCGUUGGAUUACAUGUGCGUCACCGCAACGGAUGAGGAGUGGGAGGAUCGUUUUGUCAUGGACCUUUCAAUGCCCUACCGCAAGAAAUUGGUGAUGACCGGGCUGCGGGUUUCAGUCCAUGCAAUAGAAAAACAGCACGCUGAGGAGGCAGAGACUCCGGGCGAUGAAUCGUCAAAGUGGCAGAGGGAGAUGGAUAUCGUUGAGGUGGAGGAUCUCACAAUGUGCCUCCACUUAUCAGGAGGCAAAGAGAGCGCAGAUAUUGAGUUGGAUGCCGCAGAGCAAUCUGUGAUUUCUGUGAAAACAACUGCUCCCAUCCGGCUUCGAGCAUCUUUUGGCGUAAUUGGGUUUUUAGCCAUCAUCAAUGAUUCACUCAAAAAUGGUUUACUGGGGUUGAACUACAGGCAACACCUUCACUUCCUUGCCAAAGGUAACGAGGAGAACCUAACAUGGUCGCAGCGACGCUGGAAAUUUGCUCUUUGUUGCGUCAUGGACGACAUCAGAAGAUCCAAAAACAAAACAAAAGGGCAUCAGCGUUUCAUUGAAGGUGUUGUUCUCUUUGGCAAACGCCGAAGGGAGUAUUGUGCGUUAUGGAAGAGAUGCCAGGGGGUAGAGUGGCUUCCACCCCUUACGUCGGACGAAAAGGAUAAUCUGGAUACUCUGGAGGAAAUCCUUACAGUGGAGCAAAUUGUGUUUUUGCGGUGCCUGGCGUAUGCAGAUCUGAGUAGGGAACGGCAAUCCAUGAGGCAACAAAAGUUGUACAUUGAGGAUGUAAAGAAGCGAAGGGAGAUAAAAAAACAGAGCGUUGAAUCAAGUGGCAGCCGGUGGUGGUGGUGGUGGUGGCUUAGGCAGGGGAAGGCCCAUGAAAGCGCCACCGUGAGUGAGGCAAAUGAAACUGAAAGUGUGGCAGGCGGAUUUGAGGCGGAAUGGGAAUUUGGUUACAAUUUUCUUCAGUGCAUUGCGACAAGACAUGUGGUGGGGAAUUCCAUGAAAUCAUCAUUAUCGUCGUGUCCGGCAUCAACAGCUACCAUGGCGUCUACGAAACCUGUUCUCAUUGACGCGCAGUUUCCACAGGUGGAUGUGGAGUUUGAGCCACACGUCUGGAGGAGCGACCUGUCUGAAAAGAAGCCUCUUCUCUCAUACCUGGAGAAUCUGCAGCAAAAUCUAAAUGCCCGCUUCAAUUCUGUGGAGUUUAAAUACACUCUAACCUCAACUCCACAAGAACAAAUUGUUGGAUUCAGCCUGUCCGUUGAAAGUGCUUCUGUGGGCUUUACCGGAUCUUUGCCAUCCGCUGUGCUAGACACACGUGAGUUGUGUGAAGGGAAAAAGAGGGGAAAGGACGUCGUUGAUAGCACUUUUAUGCGUGAACCUUGGUUGUCCAUCAGUGUCAAUGAAACACAUUCCAUGUUAAGUGCUUUUAUCACCAGCACCUCUCUAACUCUUCAGCCAUGGUGUGAAUUGCAGUGGUGGAUGGCCGGUGUUCAACAUUUUCUGGCAGCACUGCCAGAAUACACGAAGCAGGAAUUCAGCUCUCCCUGUGAAGUGCCCAAUUCGCACAGCCGCUUAUCAUCUUUGCCUACAAUGGAUAUUAACUUUGCUGAAGUUUUUCUUACCGUACCUUUGUUUAGUGCAUACGGGAACGAGAGGAAGCUGGUUGUUCACGCCCCCGACAUUCAUCUAUCCACUGUAAGCGAGAAGAAAGAGGGGCAGAAUGAUCAGCAUCGGCUCAUACGAGAGCCUCCUCCCAUCGUGGGCUUGCAUUUCUUUGUGGGUGAAGAAGAACCAGUUCGACUUUACUGCGAGGGCAUUGGUGACAUUUUGGUGUUAUCCUACGUAAGGGUGGACGUGGCAUUCGCUGAGCAGUUGAGUGCUGAGGUGAGUACGCGUGCCAAGUUGGCAAUUGCCCCCAGCGUGCUUGGACUCAUUAAUAACCACAUGGAAUUUUUGGGGGUUUCACAGGGAGAUGUUGGAGAAUCUCUUCUUUGUGAAGUUAUGAACAACAAUGGGAAGUGGUGCCUGGAGUCAAACAAUGCGCUUUCUGUUGGAGGCACCAUCAUGACAUUUCCAGGAGCCCGAUGCCGCGGUUUACUCCGACUGCUCCACCAGUCGGCUUUCGCACGAGGAGUGGACCACAGAGAAAGGACCGCGCCGUCUGCUGCCGAAGCCACAUCGCCACUGUUGCACCGUUUGGUUUUACGUAUUGACUUUGCACAUGCAACUUUGCGUAACACGAACAACGAGGACGUUGUGGAAGUGGAAAUGCCGGGGGUGGAAAACUCAGGCUAUGAAGAGGCAUCCUCAUUCGGAUCUCUUCCGUCAAAAGAUGCGUUUGUACUAGAUAUGACAUCCUCCGUUAUGAACGGUUACAACAGCUUGAUUUGCCUACCGGAUGUACAUGUCACGGCCCCUUCGGGCCAACACGUAUUUGUGCUUGAGGGUCUGAGAGUCAUGUAUAGCACUACCACCUUGCUGGCUUCUGUGGAAGCCGAGGUGCUGGACAUACGGGUCUGUCAGUCUCUUGUUGAUUGUGUGGAACUGUUGCUGAUGUCCUGUGCCUCAUGGCAACCGACUCCGUCCUCCGAUUUGCUGACGCGUCCCAGCCUGGAGGAAAAUCCAGGCGUGACCGUUUUUUCAGGCUCUGCCGCAAACACUGGCCAAUUCAUAGAGAUGAGUAUAAAACGGUUGAAACUUUGCUUUCAGUUUCACCAGACGGAGGAGUGUGUUGCCGUGCACCUGAACGAAUUGUUACUCCGUGCUGAUAACUCGUGUGGUGGUCAAAAUUUAAAACUACAGGGUUCUCUUGAUAGGGUGGAGUACAUUGUGGAGGACGCGGAGGGUGUGAAAACAUUUACGCUUCUUGCGUCCAGCACCGGCCUUCUGGGAGGCGUAGAGGCCCCUUCCUUCACGUGUAUCGUGGAGAGCACGAACGUCGCGGGCGGUGGCGUUGGUGGGCGAACUCGCGUGUCGUUUUGCAUGAGGGGUGGCAGAGUGGGUGUGUUUUACGCGUACUGGAUGCGGCUGCUCUCGGUGCGGCGCGACCCCACCGUUGUGAGUCUGUUGAAUCUAUUUGACUCUGAUGACUGCAGGUGUGGCUUGCCCGAUACGCCGAAGGCCCCUCAGGAAAUAUCACACAAGUCAACACCGGCGAGUGCUGCGAAAGUUGCCCCCGGCUCGAUUGUCAUUUCGGGUGAAGUGAAAGCGUUGGAGCUGCUUCUUGCAACGGACGCCACCCGGGAGGUGGACUGGCUGAACAGCGAGACUUACUGCUACCUUUUUGUUGAUGGGGUUUCCCUCUUGGCGGAGACUCAAGGAGACAAUGGAAACAGCCGCCACGGCAGCCGAAUUGCGGUCGAAACGCCUCCGUCGCUCCGGGGGCAAUUGAAGCUGUUUGGCAUUUCCCAAUUCUCUCCGGGAGGGUCCGAAGGCGUGUUGCUACCAUUCAUUACGCAGGUGUCUUUAAUUUUUGAGAAUUACACACGGCUGGUGCCAAACGCAGAAAAGAGUGGGUACGAGUAUGUCAAGGGUGGAAGUGAAGACAUGGCAGUUCACGUAUUGAUUGGUCCGUCGGACCGCGAUGACAAGGCGAAGGAAGUGCCGGCGGAGGCGGCGAUGGAUGUCAAACUCACCAUGCCCAUGCUGAAUGCUCUUCUAUGGGUAUUUUCUGCCAACAUUUUUAACGCAUCUCCCUUGGCCGAUGGGGUGCAGGAGUCUGAAGUGACAAUGCCGACAGUGGGGGGUGGGAGGUUGGUGUCCAGGACCGGAUCAUCGUCACCACCACCAUCACUCUCGUUGCUUGUCACCAUUGCCUCGGUGCGCUUUGUUCUCAUUAAGGAACCUGAUAUUUUUGUCAUGCGUGCUCAGUUUCAGGUUUAUUUGUUUGACGGUGGUGAAAGCGAAGAUGCAGUGACGCAGAUGAUCCAUAUCAAUGCUCUGACUAUAGAUGAUAUCAGCCCCAAUCGCCGCGUUAUGAGACGUGAAGUCCCUCAAUGGCAACAGCAACAGCAUGGCAUCACACGAGAGGCACACACAAGUCAAAAGAAGCGGAUGCUUGAAGUGGAGAGUGGAUGCAUCACCACGUUGAGAUUGCUGGAAGGUAUGAACAACACCAUGUUGGCCAUGACAACCAAUGUGGUGCUGAACGGUGUACACUUUUCCACUGCCAGGUGUUCGUGGACGACUCUCAUGGGCAUGCUGCUGCUUGACGUCUCUGCGGCGGCAUGGGCAGCGUUGACAAACGGUUCCUCUAAAGUCCAGGGCGAGUCGACAUCGAAGCCAUUGACGCUGGAAGUGACGGUUCACCAGAUCCAUGUACAACUGGAGCUGCCGUGGGAAGAGCCUCUGGCAGAACUCUCAAUACGCUCCGUGAGCGCGCAGCUUCAUGAGUGUGAUGGAAACAAAAUAGCGGAGUUUUCUUUGGAUGAUCCCAUCUCUUUUACUCCUUAUCUCAAUUACGCACCGCAGGUGAACAUCCUGGAAUGGGGAGAAAUGAGUGAAGAAAAAACGCACACCACUGCGUCAAGGCCUUUUCUUCACGUCAUUUUCACAGAAUCGUACGAGAAUUGGAAGGAAUACGAUUUCCAUACAUCUUAUGAAGAGAAGCCACAGGUUUUUUACCCCAAUAGAGUAGAAGUCACUCUUCAGUCGCCCAGGCUAGUUGCGGAUGUGAAUUUUAUGAUGCGUUUAUUACGCUUUGCGUCGGACGAGGCGGAUGCGUACAGUUUGCUUUUGGGGGCUUCAACUUCCGUAAAGGCAACGCCCAUGACGUUUGUGACCGUGAUGGAUAUUUCCGUGAAGGACCUCCGGGUGCUUUUUUCCACGCCGGAAGCAACACCAGCACCACGCUGGUAUCUUACUGUGGAAGGUGUAAAGUUGACAAAUGAGUGUGCCGAAACGACUGUUAGCGACAAACCUUUAGGAGGAAUGGAAUGCUUGAACUGUUUCUCUAACGUCUACACUGUGAAUGUAUAUGGAGCGUUCCUCUCCUGUCAGCAGCUUUACCCGUUACGGUUACCGAACACUGUGGUACGUGCGCAGAUCCCCAUACCGCAGAGCAUAUUUACUGAGUGGAAGUCAACAGUAUCUGUCACACCCGAUGAUCGAGCGCACGUGCGCUCUACGUUUAACUUUGUUUCGCCCUCAUCACUGACUGACCCCCAAUUGAUGCCUUCUUUUUGUAAGCUUGUUCACAUCCAAACGGAGGAUGAUGCCUCCCUUUCAUUUUCUGCACUUCAUGUGCGAGAUGCACUGCGUGCGCUGCCAUUGCAAGCGCCUUCUGAAGAUGUGCCGCCAUAUUACGUCCCGCCCGUCAAGUUAGCUCAUGCGCCUGUUUGUGCGACUUCUUCCGUCUCGGUUACUCUGCCACGGGUUUCCGUUCGAUUGACGGAGAGCGGUCACGUCAAUGCGACAGCGGAUGCAUCUGCAGACGGUGAAAAAGGUGCAAGCGGCAAUGGCCUUACCAAAAGUGCCGCCGCCGCUGCCGCCAUCCUUGCGGAAAUUCGCUUUCUUGAAGUGGUGGCACUCUCCGCGUCCUUUUUCCCGCAUGACGAGAUAACUAUGCGGGCGCGGCUUUCUAUACAAGGGGCAUUUGAGCUUCUUGACGGGAAUGGCGUUGUUGUAUUGUACCGCCGCGGGAGCGCGACUUUGGCGCAUGAAAAGCAGCAACCCUCUCGACAUUUGCGUGACGCCGAUGACGCCGGGCUUCAAGUGGACGUGAGCGACACCCAAACGGAACGCCGGAUGUGCCUGGAGUCGAAUGGGAUCAUUAUCUCACUGCGGCCGCACACGGUGGAUUUUGUUCUUCGCAUGCAUAACGUUAUUGGUCUUAUGCAUCGUGAAGGGCUCUUUUUGGUUGAAGGCAAACAAAACACGAGCAACAGUUGGGCCAAGAACGAGGGUGACGCCGAUACAGCUGAAAUUCCAGUUUCCCAGAAUGAAAAACAAACAGUGUUGAUUAUUCGUGUUGCUCAUUUUUUGUUGAUAAUGGAGAAUACAGCGCUACUGGAAGCUCGAAAUGUGGAGUCACGUUUAGGCUGGAAAGAUGGAAGCACUGCAGGUAUUGACACUUCCAUUCCGUACAAUAUUUUUAUUGGGGAUCUCUUGUUGCGAGAAACGGAUAGUCAUCAUAUAUUUGUGUCUAUUUCAGCCCUUGAGCUGUCUCUCGGAGUAGGAGAAGUGAUCAUUCGAGCAAAUCCAUUUAUUAUAAAUAACUACGACGUGUUGUUUUACGCGCGUCUUUGGAAUAGUGCGGAGGCGCUUUACCUUUAUGUUCUGCAGAACGUCACAUUCUCAAAGAAACAUGAAGAUGGGUUUCAGCAGACCGUGAUGGUAACUCUUACAGAUGUACGUGUGUGCUUUUUUCUAUCUCGAGAACACCCUGCUUCUGGAGAAACGGCCGGCAGGAUGGAAAUUGUGUUUCCCGUUGUGAUUUUAAAGCAACAGGCGAGCACAGUGGGGAGUCGUGUAACGUUUGAAACGGAAAAUGGUAUCAUACGCUAUCGCCGCCCAGAGGGUCGGCUGCCACCCUUUGUGAAAAAUAUUUGCUUUUCUUGCUUUGUGGAGAACGGCCUUGUGACGCAGUCUUCUUCCGUCAUGAUACGUCUUAGUGGCAUUGAGGCCUUUAUCCCACUUGGGGAUACUUUGCAGUGUUGUGCAGAGGCAGUGGCGCAGGCGUUCCUGCCGCUGCUUUCCGUUUUUUCUACGGUGUACCGCGACGUUGACGUUGGCCCUUCUCCCACGAUUGAUGUACCCGCAACGCCACUAUGUUGCGACAGGCUUGUCUUUAAUGUUCCAUUGGUUUCACUGAAUGUUUGUGCCUCCCAGUCGGAUGAAGAGGAAUUGGUGGAAAGGCCUGCCGUUCUUUUUGGCGUCAGUUUCCGUCACAUCGUCUAUGAGCGAAGCCGCACCGGUGGGAAUGAGAAGACACUUGCCCAGAUUCAAUCCGUCACCAGCACUGUGGACGCAACCCUCCAGAAGGAAUUUGUCAGCGCAAAAGCCCCGAACGGAGUGCUGGAUGAGCCGUCCCAGUGGGCCUUAUACUUCUGUAAAAAGAUUUCAUCGGGCGAGAGAAAGGCGUUUCUCCCCUCAUCAUCUCACACGGAUGAGGAAAAAGAACAAGGCGAGGGUGGAUAUGCAUUACAGCAUGAACAGCUACCUAGGCGUCUUGUAAGUGUUAUUUUCCGCGCCCAUGCCGUCAAACUUACCGUUUCACCAAAGCUUCUUAGCACUCUAAACGAGCACGUUCUUUUACACGUUGCAUCCGGAGUUCAUCGCAUUAGGGGUAUGACGGCAUCGUUGUUUUCAUCCCGUCAUAUGGGAGAUUCUGGAUCUUCGUGGAGUCACAGCUCUGUUAGAGACCCCAAUGAUCGUGUUAUCAUUAUCACAAGUGAUUGUUUUCUGAGCAAUGACCUCACACUGGGUGGAAAAAGUGGAUCAUGUCUUCGAUUUUCAAAGGGGGCCAUUGAAAGCAAUCCGCAUAAUAAAAUAACUGUGAAAGGCAUUAAUCAUGCAAAGGGUUUUGUGUCGAUUUUUGUGACUCCCGA